UGGGAUCGUCCACUCAUGAGGGAAACAUGGCGGCGCUGCUUCAACAAAAGUCUUAAAGCUGCUGAAGUACGUUUCAAAUUGACUUGAGCUAAGCUAACUCGGACCCGGAUGGACGCGGAACAAAUCACGGGGGUGUUCGGGCAGCUCUGCAGCCUCUCCACGCCUGUUUCAGCUCAUGUGAGUGAGGAGCAGCUGCCGGAGGUCCGAGUCUUUAAAGUGACUGCAGAGUGGAGUCAGAAUGAUCUGGUUCGAGGUUCCAGACUUCAGUACUCGCAGCAGUGGACUCUGAUUGCUGACAGCAACAACCACAAGAACAUCAGGACCGUCUUCCCAUCCGGACCAUGUGCUCCUGUGUCUGGGGAGUUAUUGAGUGAACUGUCACCCAUUCAGGGCCUGAGGGCUGUUAUCAGGGAGGCUGGCAGCCACCAGCUACUGGAGAUAUGGGACAGCCACGGCCUCAGAAAAGGCCUCAACCUGUCGGCCCUCAGCCUGCAUGGCAAAGUGUACGAUGAUGCUCAGUUUGGUUGCCUGUCGUGGUCGGAGUGUGAGAAGAAACUACUGUAUGUCGCAGAGAAGAAGAAGAAGAACUCUGCAGCAGAGAGAGUUUGUGAGGAGCCUGCAUGCAGGAAGGACCGGAGCGUUUACUGUGAGGACUGGGGGGAGGCUCUGACCAGUAAGAGCAUCCCAGUGAUCUGUGUGGUGGAUUUACAGAGCGGGGAUGUCAGAGCGUUGCAGGGCGUCCCAGCUGAUGUCUCACCAGGACAGGCUCUGUGGGCUCCAGACAGUCAAUCCAUAUUUUUUGUUGGUUGGUACCACGAGCCCUUCAGACUCGGACUGAAGUUCUGCUCCAAUCGCAGGUCAGCUUUGUUCAGACUUGAGCUGAAUGGACACUGUGAGCGUCUGUCAGGAGACAACCUGUCAGUGUCCUGUCCCAGGUUGAGUCCAGACGGGUCGGUGUUGAUCUAUCUGCAGGGUAAAGUGUUUGGUCCCCACAACCAGUGCCUCUGUUUACAGCAGCUGGACCUGAAGAGCAGGAACACCUCCACAUUGGUGGAUGUUGUCAACAGACCUCAGACUGGUGAUUUUGCAGGUGUUUAUGAAGCUCUGCCGUCCUGCUGCUGGUCUGCAGAUUCUCAGAGAGUCGUGUUCAGCAGCUCCUGCAGAAACUGGAAGGAUCUCUUUUUGGUUGACAGGAAAUCAAAACAAGUCACCUCCCUGUCUGAUACCCCUCCUGUUCCCGCUGAGUCUUACUUUCCCCCUCCUCCCCAUCCUCCUCCUUCUUUUCCAUCAUCUCAUCUUCAUCAGGAGCACCAGAGAGAGGUGGAAGACUCCUCAGAUUGUUUUAAACGUUACGGCAGCUGGAAGCUGGUGACAGUUCAGCGAGAUCUGAUGGUCGUCUGUUGCUCCAGCCCCAACACACCUCCCACCCUGAGGGUGGGAUUCCUCCCGUCGGAAGGGGAAGCUGUGAGCUGGCGAACUCUACAGCGGCCUGCCAUGACGCUUGACUUCCAGUGGACAAUUCUGGACGUUACACCUCCACCAGAGGAGGACAACACAAACUACUCUGGUUUAGACUUCAGUGCUGUCCUGGUUAAACCGUGUCCUCUCCUUCAUGAAACCAGAACACCCCUGGUCGUCUUCAUCCACGGUGGCCCUCACUCCCAGUUUCCUGCAGAGUGGAACUGCACCACAGCUGGACUGGUGAAGCUGGGCUUUGCUGUAUUGAUGGUGAACUAUCGGGGAUCCACAGGGUUUGGCCAGGACAGCAUUUUGUCCCUGAUUGGUCAGAUCGGGAGUCAAGAUGUAAAAGACGUCCAGACGGCAGUGCUAACUGCGCUGCAGAGCGACAAAACCCUCGAUCCCAAACGCGUUGCUGUGAUUGGUGGAUCCCACGGUGGUUUCCUGUCUUGUCACCUGCUCGGUCAGUAUCCAGACUUCUACAGAGCAGGAGCAGCCAGGAACCCAGUUAUCAACGUUGCCACGCUGCUGGGAACGAGUGAUAUAGUGGACUGGCGCUACACGAGUGCUGGGUUCCAGUUUGCAUUUGACAACAUCCCUACUGCUGAAGUCCUGGCAGUAAUGUUGGAGAAGUCUCCCAUCACACAUGCAGCAAAGAUCAAGGCUCCACUGCUGCUGAUGUUGGGUGGAAAAGACAGACGAGUGUCUCCUCACCAGGGUCUGGAGCUUUACAAAGUGCUGAAGAGCAGAGGUUCACCUGUCAGGUUGCUGUGGUUUCCAGAUGAUGGACAUUCUCUGUCGAGGUUGGACACUCAGGCCGACUGCUUCCUCAACACUGUGCUGUGGCUGAAGCAGCAUCUUUGAGCACACACACACACACACACACACACACUGCAGUGAAGCUGUUCUUCCAGUACUGAGCACUUUCAGUUGAGUGUUUUUACUCUGCCUUUGUAACAACAAAAGAAGGCCUGCUUUAUGUGAGCCUUGUUUUGUAAAUGCAUUGUAAUAAAAUCCUCCUCCCCACACACACACAAAAAAAAUAA